AACCAUUUACCAAUCCAAUUAUAACAAUCCACCCACCACAAAACAUUACAGAAGGAGAUAAAAUUGACAUUGAAUGUACAACUGUCCUGGGUUCUCAGGGUCAAACAGAGAUCUUAAUCCAGAAGAACAGAACCAUCCUUAACAGCACAAAGGGAAAAGAGAAAGUGACAUACUCCAAAAUAGCCACCAUGGAAGAUAAUGACAACUACACGUGCAAAGCGGAACUGGGGAGCGUGUCCAAAACCAGUGUAGCAAAUGUGGUGGUGACUGAACUGUUUUCCAGACCAGAACUGAUUGUUCAAAAACCAAACUUGGAUGAAGCCAGCUUGUUAGUAGUACAAUGUCAGGUUAAUGGGCCUCAAUCAAUAGACAUCUUUCUCCUGAAGAACAAUAAAGUAUUGAGAAACUCCAGUACCUAUAUGCACAGAGCCCAGGUAUCUGAUAGUGGAGCCUAUGUUUGUAGGGCUGAAGUAAAAGGGAUUGUCAAGGAGAGUGACCCAGUCUUGGUACGUGUUUAUGCUCCGGUUUCCAAGCCAGUCCUUUCCCAACCAGUUUCCCAAGUUGCAGUGCUGGGGAAGUAUUUUAUUUUAUACUGCAAUUCCUCACAAGGAACUCCACCUAUAAUAUAUACUCUCUACAGAGGAAAUGUGUCUGUUAAGAACAAGACUGUGGAAGCAAAAAAUAAGGCAGCAAAGUUUGAGGUUCAAGCAAUGGGUAUGCAUCCUCUAGAAGAAUACUCGUGCCAUGCUCAAAAUGGUCAUUCCCGUACAGAAAAAAGCACUGGGUUAAACAUUACAGUGAUAG